GACAGUUAGACUUACAGGUUAUGUCGUUGUCUUUUGUUUGAAUUGUUUAUGUGUCCGCUGUGCGGGGAAAUGAUAAUACAAGCGGAACUACGUAGCUAAUACUGUUGUAACGGGGAUCCUUAUUGUAGCAACACACCUUUGGAGGGAAGGCAAUCCUGCGCUGCGUUAGCUAAGUUUUCAUGUCAUCGGGUGUAGUUCAUAAUGGUUGAAGAGUGUAUGUUAGGAUGAAGUGUGAAUUCAUGCCAGGAAUAAUAAGUGUGAAGUUUAAUUUCCUCCCUUCUGUAAUAAGCAGCCAAUGAGUUCUCACGGAAGGUGAUAAUUCUGACUAAAACUACAGAAUAAAGCCGCCAGUUAAAAUCAAGGAACGGUUGUGCUCGUGGUUACUGAAGGGAGCUAGAGUGAGAACUCAAUGCUCUUCACGAGCAAGAGAGAAAGAAGAAUCUCAUCCAGCUGUAAAACAUCUACAAGAUUCCCAAAUCCUGGUAGACCUUGUCAUCUGCCAGAUAAGAGUUUUGCACCUACCUGCAAACUAAGAAGAAAAUCUCCACAUAAGGAAGCAUCGUGAGGCAACAUAAGGUCAAGACUAACAGGAAAGUCAGACACGCAAGUACAAGUCAAGGUGUUUGAAGGUGGUCCUAGCCUUCUGAACAGCUAAUAAGAGACUUUAAGAUCACAAUUCGUAAGGACUGGAGAUAGUUGUCUAUUUCAUAAAGACUCUGGUAUUAUGCAUUUGCUCUUUCUAUCUUAAUGUAUCGCUGGUAUGUGUAUUACUGAAAAAUAUUAUUUGAUACUUACUAAAUAUAUAUAUAUAUAGUCACAAACAUUAAGGGUCAGCGUACACCUAUUAAUUCUAUUUUCACCUGUAAGUUAAUAGUGUAAUUGUUUGGUAAGGUGUUUGUUCAAGCCUUUGUUUCAAGCAUUAUACAUGUUUAUACCACGUACUGAGGUAUAAAUUACAGUGAAUUAGAGUAUAAAUUACCUACUCACUUAUCCAAACCUUAGCUAGAAUUGAUUUGACUUGAUUUAGAAUGUCAGAAAGAGGUAGUUUCACUAAAGGUGAUAGAGAUGGGGUGGGUCAAGUUGAGCAGCUGCAGCAACACCUCGCAAACUUCGAGCCUUCAUCAGAACAAACAGAGCAGCAGGAAGAGGUAGCACAACAAGAGCCACGAAAAGGUGAGAGGGUCCGCAGGUUAACUGAAAAGGGCAGAGAACUGCGCGACGAAAGGUGGAGACAGCUCGAACAACGUUUCAGGGUCAGCUAUGAGAAGUGGAAGGCUCUGGUAAAGGAAGCAAAACUGUCACUGACAGGUUGUUGCUCUGAAGACCUACUAGAAGACCUCUUAAACAAGAUUAGCCAUACCUCUACAGAGCUAAACCGUGUCUAUGUAAAUUUGCGUCAAAUCGACAUUCCCGACAACGAUAUACGACGCAGAGUUGAUACUUGUGAAGCAGUUACAAUGUCUAUUAUCAAGACUGUAAGGUGUCAUUUAAAAGGCAGGGAAGAAGGUCAAAGUAACCAGAUAGAGUUGCACUGGAAGGACAGCAAUUCCUUGUGCAUGUCCGAACUCUCACAUAAGUCAAGUCCCAACUAUCAGCCCUCAAGUGCUUCCUCCCAGUCUCAAAACAACUCAAAGGUCAACUCCAGAUGCUCAAGCGUGUCAUCUGUCAAGAGACAAGAGGCUGCGGCGGAAGUUGCUGCUAACCAAGCAGCUUUAGAAGUAAUGGUUAAGCAAGAACGCCAACUAGAAGAGCUUCAGCGACUCGAAGAUGAAGAUAAGAAGAGGACAGCGGAGCAAGAAGCUGAGGCUGUGAAACGCAGCUUAGAAGAAGCUAGGCUGCGAGUCAAGUUAGAGGUAGAAAAUGCUGCCAGACGAAGGACACUAGAAGACAAGCGUAGAGAGUUAGAGCACCUAGAAGUGCUCAGGAAACUAAAUGCUGCCAAGGCGCGAAUGCAAGUGUAUGAGCAAGAUGAAAACUCAGAGGACGAGAAGAGAGAACUACUCUCUAACUGCAAGUAUGUGAAAGAAGUCAUGCACAGAAGUGGCUCAUUUCACAGUCUCUCACCACAACAUGUUGUGACAAGCACACAGCAAGAAGAUGGCACCAAGACCAUGUUCAGGUUACUAGCGGAAGCAAUCAGUGAAAGCCGCCUCCCCAUACCAGAACCAGUAACAUUCAAUGGAGAGCCUCUCUCGUACACUGACUGGAAGGUCUCUUUUCAGACUCUGAUAGACAGGAAGAACAUACCAACAACUGAGAAGAUAUAUUACUUAAGAAAAUAUGUCGGUGGGCCUGCCAAGAAAGCCAUCGAAAGUUACUUUAUGUUAGGAACAGAAUCAGCCUACCAUGCUGCUUGGACCAUUCUUGAAGAAAGGUACGGAAACAAAUUCUUCAUCGCCAAGUCUUUCAGAGAUAAGCUCAAUGCAUGGCCUACGAUAGGAUCAAGGACAGUCUUGAACUUAGAGACCUUGUAG